AUGUCGACCGAAGAAGAAAUCAGAGCGGACCUUGUUAGGGCAAGCGACGAAGAAAUCGCACUCUUCUAUCUCAAGGAUAUGAUUGAUCAUCAUCAAUCCUGGGAAGGCAACGUCAUCGAAGACGACACGGUGUUCAACAAGAAUCCAAGGGAGGAAUACGAACGUGAGGGACCAAUCUUCGUGGCUAACAAAUCCCGAACAGAGGCUUGUGGUAAAACCGAUGGAUGUGAAUCGGGCUGCUGGAGGAUCAUCGGUGGUGCUAAAAUGAUCAAAUCGGAGGCGUCUAAGAACUUUCUGGGGCUCAAGAGUAAAUGGAACUCGAAGCAAGAUCACGUCUUGUGCAAGAUUCGUCUUCUUUUCCGUUCAGAAAUCGCUACCUUGCUCGCCAAGCAUCACUCGCGUGUCAAGACUAACUCAUUGGUUGCGAUUCCUGCGGAGAUAUUGCUGCCGGAAUAUGGAAUCUACUCUGGAAAUCAAGAAGAGGAUGACGAAUACUAUAUUGCGAUAAUAGCACAGUCUGGCGAGAUCAAGUGGCCUGAGUACGUGACUACGGAUGUGUUUGCUGUCCAUCCAAGCGAUCUUCUGGAUCCUGAGGAUCGAAAGUUUAUAGAAUACGGGAUUUGCUUCUAUGUUAACGAGAGAGGGGAUACGCGUAGAACCGGUGGCUCAUGGAGGAUCAAAGGCGCAACGAAGAUGAUCAAGGACCAAUCAGGUAAAUUUAUUGGUCUCAAGAGUACUUUCGAGUUUGUUGAAGGUGAAGAAAGCGAGGCCAUUUUCACUAUGGACGAGUACCGAAUGAAGAAGGAUGAUGGAGACAAGUUUCUGUGCCUGAUCAAACUACAAGAGAUGUCUUCUUCUUCUUGA